AGCUAGCCGGGGAGGGGCGGAGCGCGCAGCGCAGCCGGUGCCAGGCUCGGGCGCCCGCGGCCACCGCUCCGAGCCACCGGCCGCAGCCGCUCUCCCCACCGAGGCCGAGGCGCCCCGGAGCCAUGGCCGGCCAGAACUGCGGGGCCACAAUCGCACUGCUGGGGGUCCUGCUGCUCGGCGCCGCGCAUCCGGGAGCCGAAGCUUCCGAGAUUGCUCUGCCACCUGGAAGUGGCCUUAUGGUUCUCAUAACGCCUGGGACCCCAGCUCUGCCGGUGAAGCCCUGUUACAUCAUCAGUAGUAAAAGACAUUUAACCACGUUGACCAUCAGAUCUGGAGAAAAGGUGGUCUUUUCCUUUAACUGCCAGGACCCAGAGAAGCACUUUGUCAUUGAGAUCCAGAAGAAUAUUGACUGCAUUUCAGGCCCGUGUCCCUUCGGGGAGGUCCCGCUUCAGCCCUCAACCUCGGUGCUGCCCACCCUCAACAGAACUUUCGUCUGGGAUGUCAAAGCCCACAAGAGCAUCGGCCUCGAGCUGCAGUUCUCGGCUCCUCGCCUGAGGCAGGUGGGGCCGGGCAUGAGCUGCCCGGAUGGAGUCACUUACAACAUCAGCGGCCGCAUCGACGCCGCCGUGGUCAGGAUCGGAACCUUCUGCAGCAACGGCACUGUGUCCCGCAUCAAAAUGCAAGAAGGGGUGAAAAUGGCCUUGCACUUGCCGUGGUUCCACAAGAGAAACGUCUCUGGCUUCAGCAUCGCAAACCGGUCUUCUAUAAAACGACUGUGCAUCAUCGAAUCCGUGUUCGAAGGCGAAGGUUCUGCCACCCUGAUGUCUGCCAACUACCCCGACGGCUUCCCUGAGGACGAGCUCAUGACGUGGCAGUUUGUGGUCCCCCCGCACCUGCGGGCCAGCGUCUCCUUCCUUCACUUCAACGUCUCCAACUGCGAGAAGAAGGAGGAGCGGGUGGAAUACUAUAUCCCGGGCUCCACCACCAACCCCGAGGUGUUCAAGCUGGGCGACAAGCAGCCCGGGAACAUGGCUGGGAACUUCAACCUCUCUCUCCAGGGCUGUGACCAAGAUGCCCAAAACCCAGGGAUCCUCCGGCUACAAUUUCAAGUUUUGGUCCAACAUCCACAAAAUGAGAGCAAUAAAAUCUAUGUGGUCGACUUGAGUAACGAGCAAGCCAUGUCACUCACCAUCGAGCCGCGGCCCAUCAGGCUCAGCCGCAAGUUUGUCCCCGGCUGCUUCGUGUGUCUGGAGUCCCGAACCUGCAGCACCAACCUCACCCUGACGUCCGGCUCCAAACACAAGAUCUCCUUCCUUUGUGAUAACCUGACGCGCCUGUGGAUAAACGCGGAGAAGACCAUAAGCUGCGCGGACCAGCGGUACUGCCACAAAAGGUCCUACUCCCUCCAGGUGCCCGGGGACAUCCUCCAGCUGCCUGUGCAGCUGCACGACUUCUCCUGGAAGCUGCUGGUGCCCAAGGACAGGCUGAGCCUGGCCCUGGUGCCCACCCAGAAGCUGCAGCAGCACACGCCCGAGAAGGUCUGCAACACCAGCUUCAGCUACCUGGUGGCCAGCACGGUCCCCGGCCAGGACCUGUACUUCGGCUCCUUCUGCCCUGGAGGCUCCAUCCGGCAGAUCCAGGUGAAGCAGAACGUCUCCGUGACCCUCCGCACCUUCGCCCCCGGCUUCCAGCAAGAGGCCUCCAGGCAGGGCCUGACCGUGUCCUUUAUCCCGUACUUCAAAGAGGAAGGCGUCUUCACAGUGACCCCAGACACAAAAAGCAAGGUCUACCUGAGGAGCCCUAACUGGGACCGGGGCCUGCCAUCCCUCACCUCCGUGUCCUGGAACAUCACUGUGCCCACUGGCCAGGUGGCCUGCCUGACCUUCCUCAAGGAGCGGACCGGCGUCGUCUGCCAGACGGGGCGUGCGUUUAUGAUCAUCCAGGAGCAGCGGACUAAGGCCGAGGAGAUCUUCAGCCUGGAGGACGAGGUGCUCCCCAAGCCCAGCUUCCACCACCACAGCUUCUGGGUUAACAUCUCCAACUGCAGCCCUGUGAGUGGCAAGCAGCUGGACCUAUUCUUCUGGGUGUUACUUACCCCCAGGACUAUAGACCUGACUGUCAUCGUCUCCGUGAUCGUGGGAGGUGGCGCCUUACUGCUGGUAACCCUCGGACUCAUCGUUUGCCUUGUGCGAAAGAAUAGGAAGAAGAAGAUGAGCAAAGGGCCAGCUGUAGGCGUCUACAACGGCAACGUCAACACCCAGAUGCCGAUGCAGCCAAAAAAGUGUCAGAAAGGACGAAAAGACAGCGACUCCCACGUGUACGCGGUCAUUGAUGACACCAUGGUGUACGGCCACCUGUUGCAGGAUUCCAACGGCUCCUUCCUGCAGCCGGAGGUGGACACCUACCGGCCUUUCCAAGGCCCCACGGGGGACUGCCCUCCCUCCCCACCCCUCACCGGCUCCAGGGCCCCGACUGCAAAGCUGACCACAGAUCAGCUGGCCCCCAGGUUCCCUGCUGAGUCUGAGAGUGAACCAUAUACCUUCUCCCACCCCAACAGCGGGAAUACAGACCUUCCCUUGCUGGACACCCAUAAGCCCUCAGAGCCUGAGGAGUAACUUGGACCCAUCCCAAAGACUUCUGCUUAAAGCGGGGUGCUGAGACACCCUUUAGGGGUCUCCAGCAGAAAUCCGAAAGAGGAAUUUAUAUGGAAGGAACAGCAAGAGGUUUUCCUGGGCACCACCAACCUGUGAUUUCCAAGUGGGCUUGUUCCAACAGUGGGACAUUGAAAGUGAUGAAUUCCAAUCUGGAUACAGUCAUCACAGUCCAUGUCCUUCGGAAGCCAGAUUGGGUCAUAAACCAGCCUGUAAUUGAGGGGAGGGGGCUCUGAGUCACCCCAUACACCGUUGCAGUGAGCUCUGGAUCUGGAUUUGGAACUCUUCCGGGUGACAGUUCUGAUCUCUAGGAGCCCAUCCAUCCAAGGUCCCUGCUCCCCCUGGAGCCCUCCUGGAUGAAAAUGACGAUGUGCCUUAUUAUUACUAUUAUUUAUUGGGUGGUCCUGCGUAUUUAAGAAGUCGAAUGUAUAACCACGCAGCUCUUUUCCCCUGACGCAGUGACAGCUCACGCUCACUGGUGGGAUGGCUGGGUUUUGACUUCUCCCAACCACUACAUACACAUGUGCCUGUCCCCUCGAAGGUGGGAAUGAUUUGCGAUCUGUCUGGCCGGAAAACGGUGUGCGUGUUUGAGGGCGCUGACACGUACCUGCUUUGAUAAGAGACUUCUGGGUUCUCUCGCUCUCCCCACGGUCAUCCUCCUCCACAACAUCUCAGGCCUCACCGUCCUGCAGUCCUAGAAGCAAGAGAAAUUUCCUUGAAUUGCUGCGUGUGGCUGUCCCAGCCCCAGCCACGCGUUGGCAUUUAAACCGAAAUGUAGAGAGUAUUUGCAUCCUCUAAAAAUGUUUAAGAGCACACAGGAGAUUGGCCACUGCAUUCCUUCCCUAUUGCUACUGUAACCAAUUACCUCAAACAUGGUGGCUUAAAACAACCCAAAUCUCGUAGUUUACGGUUCUGGAGAUGAGAAGGGCAAGAUGCAAAGUCCCUUUUGCCGUGUAAGGUACCAUAUCCACAGGUUCCGGGGGAUUAGGACCUUUUGGGGAGUCAUUCUUCUGCCUAUCGCCCCCUCCUGCCUGUGGGGGACUAUGAAAUGACCCAGCCCACCAGUGUGGGUUUUUUGGGCCUAGGAAUCUUUUUUUUUUUUUUUUUUUUUUUUAAGCAUCAGCUACUAACAUUUAAAAUUAUAAAAUUUUUGCAUAAAUAUCCAGGUCAGGACAUCCGGCUGGGCUGGGGGGCUUACGCUGUCACCCAGGAGCCGCCGGCUGGAGCUGGGAAGCGGCUCACUUUUGGGGGGGCGCCUGGUCUCCUGUUCACCCCAGCCCCCCCCCAUUCCUUCUCGCCUCCCUCACUGAUGCUGAGUCUUGUAGCUACUGAUGAGUGCCCCCCGCAGGGCUGCUUUGCUUAUAAUGAAAUGAAAGUUGGGCCCUAGAUCUCUCCUCGAAUGAGAAGACAGGCCUCGAGGCUGGUGUGGGUUUCAGGAAAGGUUUUUCCUACCCAUGGCCCCGGGUCCCUCGUUUAUACUCAUGACAAGCCCAGCUCCUGUGGCUGUUGGCCUCUGUGGCCCCUGCUCGCCUCGGGGAGGACAGGGAUGGGUGUCGGCACCGUCCAAAGGUUGGUGUUUCUGUAGCGAAACCUCCUUUAAAGGUGAACGGGCUUCGUCGUGUUCCGUGAAUUCUGGGAAACACCCGCCUCGACUCGUCCGUGUGCCCCUUUGCCGUCAUGAGGAGUUCGGAGUGCAACCUCCGAACUGCUGUGUCUUCCGAGGCCUCCUGGACUCUUUCCAGAAGGAAGGGUUUGUUUUAGUUACGACCUCGGUUCUGCCCCUUGCACCUUUCCCUUCUGAAAGGCGGGCCCCGGCCCAGUCACCCUCGGCCCUUUGGCCUGAGAUUCAGGCAGCCUCCCCCAUGAAGGGCCAGAGGAGGGCUUCCUGCUCACACCCGAAAUUGGAUGGUCACUUAAAGUCCCUGUUGGAGCCCCUCCUCCACCCUCUGGCCUCCCCGACCUCCUGGGCUCUGCGGAAACACCCUCCUUCCAUGCUCUGCUUCCUGUAGCCACAAAGCGUGGCCGGCCACCUUUAUUUACAAAAACCCUGUGUGGCCAUGUUCUCUUAACUGGGUUCUCUUAAAACCCCGGGCCCAAGUGCCAUCUUCCUGAAGCCUCAGGGGAAUUUAAUGUUUUCUGAAGCUUUGCCUCCUCCAUGGUGUCAGCACAACGUACCCCUGGCUCUUUGCUUGAAAGCCCAGACCCCCUACUUAUGUAAAAUUCUUCAGGGUCACUGGAAACCAGUCGGACACAUUUGCUGAUGCCUUAUGUGCUCUGGCACAGUGCCCUUCCUGUCGGGGCCGCCUCCACGCCCAUCUGCUGGGCUCGUGAGGAAGCCCAGCACAUCCAGGCCUGGCUCUAGCAUGGGGAUCAUUCUGCGCAGGAGGGGAAAGUCCCAGGAAGGAUCAAGGGGGGAACGCAUGUGUCCGCGGGAUGUAACCUUGGUCAAGGUUAGAGAACAGGUUUGUGUGGAUCUGUAAUGCUUGACUGGGAAUAAUUUAUUUUGUUGUACAUACUUUUUAGGUACCGUUUUACUCAUUUCCUACACUUUUUUUUAAUAAACAAAUGUACAGGAAAGAAAAAUGGGCA